UUGGCAGCCGGCACCCAGUUCCUGAAUGACGCUGAGUUCCAUCCAGCAAUCCCCGGACCCUGGAACGCGGGUGAAGUAGAGUGCCUCUGCAGGUGAUCACAAAUGCGAAGGAUCCGGAUGCCGGGAUUCUCACUGCGAUACUAUCACGCUCACUUCCAUGGCGACGACAAAUUCUAACAGCUGCACCUGCUCCCUCAACAACCUUCAACAGAUGGCUAAACGCCUGGAUCGAAACUCACUUCCAGUCGACAAAAUCCUAGAAAUCGGGACCGAGUUCUCAGCACAACUCCAGAAGACAAUCGUUUGCAGCAAGUGCGUUGGUUCCGGGCUGGUAGCCAGUUCAUUAUCUCACAUCAUGUUCCGACUGAUAGGCUUCUACGAGGCUGCCUAUUUGGAUGCCGUCGACCAUCUGUUUAGCGACAUGAACUCUGCCUGCUCGUCCAACAAGUCGAAAUCCCUCUCAACCACGCCUUCUUCGUCUUAUGGCGUAGUUUAUUCUCCAACUCCACCAGCCAUACAACGCCAUUCCGGUUGCAAGUCAGUGGCUCGCGAGAUGAAGCUGGGGGAGAUGCCCAUCGACGGAUUGGAGGGUCGACUUCUUGUUAGAGUGGUGCUGGUGGAUGCAUGCUUGAGUCUGAAUGAGAAGAUACAGAAGUGGAAGACUGUGAUGGAGGGAUCGUUGGACAUCGAUGACCAGCCGUACGUCCGACAUUGCAACGCCGUCAUUGGCCGCUGUCUGGACCGGUUGGCCAAUCUGCUCGGCCUGCUGCGUUUCGAUAGCUUUUCGACGGAUCGUUCUUGACGCAAGUAUCUACUGGUGUGAUAAAGAGGGCUCGUGGCAAAUGAUGAUACCGGACGUUCGCUAAGGGUCAAUGUUUUCCUCGCAAGCAACCGGCGGCACUUCACCGCCACUCAGGAGCGGUCGUCCGCACGUGCUCCAGUCAACUAGCUAGAUUUCGCAUAUGUUUCAUGAGUUAUACUUUCGAUUCAAUUCUAGCACAUUUUGGCAGCAGCUUCUUUUUCUUGUACAUCAGUCUUUCCAAGAUCGAAAAAUUGUAAGCACCCGCGAGGCUGCAAGCAACUGAAGUCUCACCACGUCUCCAGUUCUAACGCGAGAACUGCAUCG